AGUACAGGGACGACGGCCACCACCUCAUUGCCACUCCAGGUCCCUGUUCAGGAUGCAUCAUCGCCCGUGAAUGUGCGUGCCGUAGCAGGAGGUGUUGCUGGAGGUAUAGCAAUCAUCUCACUUGCUGUUCUUGUUCUCCUGUCCUGUCUACGCAACCGUCGACGCCGAGGCAUCAAUCGACCGUAUGAUGAUGAUCCGCGCCCUUUGAGCUUGGAGCCUUCUCUCCGGGGACUGGGGAUAUAUGACGACAGUUCUCAUACAAGCUUGCCCUCGCUUUGGUACCAAGACAACUUUUUCAGCCAGAAGAGCGAAUAUCCUGAAAUGCCGGAAAUCCGCGAGAAUUACUUCCAGCCAGAUACGCACGCCGGUCGAGACAUGCAUCGCCGAGGCUCAGAAGAAACCUCCGAGACUCUCUUUGCCCCUUGCCUCCCGCCUCCACGACGGGACUCCCUUCCAACCAAUAAGAACGUCAUGCCGCGAGUCGCCCGGCCUAUCUCACCUACACAGAAAACUCCAGAAUACACAAGCCCACCAUCGCCACAUCCUAGCGAUCGUACUGCUGUUUCAGAUCCGGACCCGUUCCAUCCUUCGCCCCCUCCCACCCAGGUUAUUCCCCCCAUCAACAACGCUGCUGUACUUCAGGCCCCUACACCGUUGAGUGACCUGAGUUCGGAUCCACAGGAGUCAAAUGGUGUAUUUGGGCAAACCAACAACGAUAGAAGCAGCAACUAUAAUGAUGGCGCUUUACCACCUAUCCCCGUGAUCCUGCGUCGUGCCUCGAGCUCCAAACGGCGAUUUGCGAAUACAGAAAACCCAAUGCUUCAGAGGCUUAUCCUAGCCCGUGCAGCGAGGGCACCGCCGCGGCCAGAAUCGUCGAUCCUUGGAAGCGAGUUAGGCUCGGUCGCUGAAGACGAAGACCCGGUCCAGAUUGUUUCGAAGGCUAUCCAAGAAAGAACAGUCUACAGAAGCACUAUUAUGACCAUUAUGUCGGAAGCCAGCGUGUACAGCCAAGCUGGUGAGGGAGAUCCUUAUGGAAGGCCACCACUUUAGCAAUCACACCAUAGCCUUGCAUUGCUUCUCUCCCGAGACAAAAUGUUGGACAGACAUGGCACCUAGCAGAUGGUCUGGCGUUCCAGCAGUCUGCACU